CGUUUUAUUUAAUCGUUUCAUUCUCUGAGUUUGCUAUUAAUUAAUUUAAAAAAAAAUAAGAUUCACCAAUCGCUAUCUCACAUCAAUUUGUUUGUUUACACAAAAUUUUGUUUACAAAACAUCUAAUAAAGAGAGUGUUUGUUUGUCACAAGUAUUUUCGUCGUUGAUCUGCAUAGAUUCGCAUGAGGAACCCAGCAAAAAAUGUUAUGCUGCUUUUGGCAUCGAUUAUGGGAACAAUGGAUUACAGCAAAUGACAGACAGUUGUCAAAGUUUGACAACGUCUAUCGUAAAGAAUGCAUUAAAGUAACCAUUAACCAAUGUUUAGAAGUUGCAAACGUUUUUCAUAAACAUAAAUCAAUAUAGAAUUUAUUUUGCCGGUAAUAUUUACAAGAUAAGUAAGAAAAACCAUUCUUAGCGGUAGCCAAAACCCGAAUUGCAUGUGGUAAUCCUUGUUGAAAGAUAUCAAUCCGAAAAAAAAUGAGAACGAGAUCGUGUACAAAGAGUUUGAUCUCAGAUUUCAAACGAAAAAAGUAUGCAUUGCUGGAGAAGAAAAAAUUAUCAAAGAAAAGUGAUGAACUGGUGCGUUCAACGAGAAUCACAAGAAAAUCCAAAACAUGCUUCAUGGAUCUGAAUGACGAUUGCAUUGAGGAGAUAUUACGACGGCUACCUGCGGUGGAACUGUGUAAAUUUACCAUUUUGAGCAAACGCCUGAAAGGCCUUGCUGAGGAUAUGUUCAAGAGAUUAUACUCGAUUAAGACCAUUACAUUCAAACCAACCGAAACAUGUGCCACGGAAUUCGGUUCAAAAAUCACCAGGUUAUUCAUGAAAUCUUUCGGUUCAUAUAUGCAACAAAUACAGUUAAUUGGAACGGAGGAUUCAAGUGAAAAGCGCAUGGAACAGAAAAUGCUUACGUCAAUCGGUUCAAAUUGCGGACCAAAUUUACAAUGUAUUAAUUUGGUGCGCUGUGAUCUAAAUGAAAAUACUGUUCGUUUGCUAGAAAAAACAUUGGAAUUCGUUCCACAAAUAACGCUGGAUGGAUGUCGCUUGGCUAGUGCUAGUGUUGACGUUUAUGAUUUGUUGUUGAAAAAGUGUCACCGCCUUCGUACAUUGAAUAUAAUACAAUGCAACACAUUUGAUCAUGGUACAUGGCUUCGACGUCGGUAUUCUACACUAAAAACUGUUCAGGUGCUGCGAGCCAUUUUUGAACCCGAAGAUGUUCGCGUUUUCUUCGAACUAAAUCCACACAUAACAGAAGUUUGGUUUAAUGUACGAAUGCCUCAGCUAACACAUCAGUACGAUUCGGAUAAGUUACAACGAUUUCUGAUGAUAAAUGGUUUCGAUGAAGGAAACUAUUGCGAACGAUUUUUGAAUACAUAUGCAAAAAUUGUAGUCAAAUCUCUUACACUUGGUCAUAAUGUGAUUACAGAGAGAAAGUGCAUGGCCAUUGCACAAAUGACCGACAUUAGAGAGCUGAAAUUUAUUGAACCGAAUGGUUUGAAUGCCGAUUUUGUUGAUAUUCUAUCAAAAGGAUUGGAUAAUUUGACAACCGUUUUCUUAAGCGGCGAAAUGUUCAAUUAUCAAAUGAUUCAGGAUUUGAUUAGCCAAUUUCCACGUUUGGCUUACCUUUAUCUCCACAACACCGAAUUCAAUUCAAUUUCAUCCGACCAGUUCAGUGCACUGAUAAUGGCACGGAAGCGGUCUGCAACCAUCGAAACUGAAAAUCGUCCACUUACCAUAUUCGUUGGACGCUCAACGCCGGUUUAUGCACGAGCAAUGUGCCGCAAGUUCAAAGACAACAAAAUCAUCAAAGUGGUAACGAUGAAAUCAAAAGAAUUUCAAUCUCAUUUCUUCUUAGCCAAAUAAGUUCGCUUCGUAUGAGUAUCGAAAAAAAAAACACACACGAAUAUUUCUUAUUGUUUCAAUACCAUUCGUGGCGGUGGCAUUGGCUAUUAAACAGUAGAGAAUCAAUUAAACAUUUUGUUGAUACAGAAUUUCGUACUGUAUAUAUCAACAGCCAUGGCUUUUACGUAAACCUCAAUGACACAAUAAUAAUUAAAAGCAUAAAAUUGUGUGUCAAAUACGACUACGAAUGGGAUAAGCGGAAAAGCUAGUCAAAUAAAUAAUAUUUAUAAGGAAAACAAAAUAAAACCAAUUUACGAUUAUCAUGGAAGCUGUUUA